GUAAACGUAUUAUAGGGCUGUCGACGAUUUUCCAUAUUAUGAUUUCUUUAACAGCAUUGAGAAGACAGAUAUGCGUCAAAGGAAUAACUCAAAACAUUGGAAAAAGAUCAUUUUACAUGUGGCUAAACUUUGUUUUCAACAGAGUAGAUGAAGGACGAAUAGAAGAAUUUGGUCCAGACAGGGUAGCAGCAGAGUGGGUGUUACGUUGUGGAGGUGGAGUUAAAUUCAAGAAUCCUGAAAAAUGGAUUUGGGACUAUAAUGCCAUACCAGACGGGCCAAAAGGAAGACUUGCAUUGGAAGCAAUCGAUGCUAAAGGAAUAAGUGUAACAACCGGUGGCCUUCAACAUCUUGUUGGACUGCAACAUCUUAAACAGCUGAACGUAAACAGCUGUAUGUAUGUAACUGAUGUGAGCAAACUUCUGCCUGUGAAAGAAACCCUAGAGGAGCUGGACAUUGGGAACUGUGGCAGUAUAUCUGAUAUAUCACCACUCUCAGAACUAAAAAAAUUGACAAAGCUCAACCUUGUAAACACACCAAGCAUAAAACAGAGAGAAGAGGCAAUCACAACAUUACAGAAAAGACUCCCUGACUGUGUCAUUGAAAAAUAAAAUGCCAAGUUUUGCAUA